AUGGCUCUUCAAUCUACAGACAUUAUGUCUAUAAACAACAUCCUCAACCGGGAACCUACACCUUCAGUCAACCAACCCCUCAGCAACACGUACUGGCCCAUCCUCAGAGACGCUCUCCUACGAGACCCAUCCUCCUACAACAAUCUCCAUCUUGAAUGCGGAAUAUGUCUUGAAAACAUGACAGUCUUCCAACAUGAACAUAUUUACGAUCCAGAAAUGUCCCAUUUCUCGCACAGAGCUCGUAUCUUUCCCUGCGGACACAUGUUUGGCAGUAAAUGCGCCUUGACAAUGAUCGACGACCUCGUCAGGAGCCAUCAACCCAUAGCCUGCCCAAUCUGCCGCGUCGACUUUUCUCUUCACAUAGAUUGUGGUCAUGUUCACACUGGUAUGCCCAUGCCAACUAGCAUCAAGCAAAUCUGGAAGUUUCCGCCCACGCUCUCGGAAGGGGGUGUGGUAGCUGAUAAAUGCGGCGACUGCCAAGUCACCGAGAUUAUCAUGGGCAUUAACUAUCUAGCGCCCACACUUCUUUUCCCUUUUGAGCUUGCAGAAGGGGAGUCUCUGUUCGUAUCAGCCAGAACGAAGAGUCAAGUGUGGGAUGCGAGGCCGGUGGAGUUGGUAGAAGGAUUUGAGGAGCUUUGA